GUCUCCCAGGGAGCCAGUGCCUGCCACUUCGUGCUCUGCACCCAGCCGGAAUUGGGGGGGCGUUUGGGGAGCGCACCGCUGGAGAAAGGAAAAGGGGGUGCUGGUGUGCGCAAGGCAGCUGUCAGAGUGAACGAUGAGGCCUGUUUCAUGUCUCCUCUUGGCAACGCUUCUGAGAGCUGCAGUUUCACAAGAACUGGAGGAACCUGACACUUACACGGAAUGCACUGACGGCUACCAGUGGGAUGUUGAGAGUCAACACUGCAAAGAUGUGAACGAAUGCGAGACCAUCCCCCACGCCUGCAAAGGGGAGAUGAAGUGCAUCAACCAUUAUGGGGGGUACCUGUGCCUCCCCCGCUCGGCCUCCGUGAUCAACGACGUCAACGCCGAAAGGGCCUCUCUGCCCAGCCCGCCCAGGCCUCGGCCUCCCCGGCCCCCGCAUCCUGCCUCUCGACAGAACACCUGCCCCCAGGGCUACGAGCCGGACAGACAUGGAUCCUGUCUGGAUGUGGAUGAAUGCGAAUACGAUUUGCACGACUGCCAGCCGAGCCAGGAGUGCAUCAACACGCCCGGAGGCUUCCACUGUCAGUGUCCGGAUGGCUAUCGAAAGAUUGGCACCGAAUGUGUGGACAUCGACGAAUGCCGCUAUCGCUACUGUCAACACCGCUGCGUCAACUCCCCCGGCUCCUUCUCCUGCCAGUGUGAGCCUGGCUUCCAGCUGGCCAGCAACAACCGCUCGUGCGUGGACGUGAACGAGUGUGAGAUGGGCGCCCCUUGCGAGCAGCGCUGCUUCAACACCUAUGGCACGUUCAUCUGCCGCUGCAACCAGGGCUACGAGCUGGACCACAACGGCUUUAGCUGUAAAGACAUUGAUGAGUGUAGCUACUCUACCUACCUGUGUCAAUUCCAGUGCGUGAACGAACCUGGACAUUACUCUUGUGUCUGCCCGCAAGGAUACCAGCUACUGAGCACCCGCCUUUGCCAAGACAUUAAUGAGUGUGAGACAGGAGCCCAUCAAUGCACUGAAUCACAGAACUGCGUCAACUUUCAUGGCGGGUACCGAUGUGUGGAGAAGAACCGCUGCCAGGAACCAUACAUGCAAGUCUCUGAACACCGCUGCCUCUGCCCGUCCGCAAACCCACUCUGCCGAGAGAAGGCGUCCUCCAUUGUCCAUCGAUACAUGAGUAUCAUGGCUGACCGGACUGUGCCCUCUGACAUAUUCCAGAUCCAGGCUACAAGUGUCUACCCUGGUGCCUAUAACACGUUCCAGAUCCGCUCGGGCAACGAACAAGGAGAGUUCUAUAUCCGGCAAAUCAACAACCUAAGUGCGAUGCUGGUCUUGGCCCGGCCAGUGACAGGCCCCCGCGAGUUUCUCCUGGAUUUAGAGAUGGUCACCAUGAACACCCUGAUGAGCUAUCGUUCCAGCUCCAUGCUCCGUCUCACCGUCUUUGUGGGAGCCUAUCCGUUCUAGCCAAGCAGAAGCUUCCACUUGCCUGGCUGAAGGAGGGGAGGAAAACAUCUGCUCGGUUGGGGUGGUGAGAGGAUCUGAAAGAUGGGGAGUCGCAACCCCAACUGCCAGGGAAGGGAGUCGCCAUGGUCUUCCUCUUCCCUGACCCCCCCACAAGAACCAGAAACACUGAUCAGCCGUAAGUGGACGAGGAAGGACCAAGAGCUGUGACCUGUGGCCAGAUCUGUGGCUUAAAUGAUGAGCGCCACCCCACCCCCCAUGGACCUGCACCCCCUCUGGCGUUGCCGUUUGAGCCAUACCCCUGGCCAGCAAUGAAAUUCUUGUCCCCCUUCUGUUCCCAGGAAGGGGAGGAGAGGAGAGGACCCGCUCACCCUCCUGCAUUUUGCAGCAUGGAGGGGACUCUGGAACCUUUUGUAGCAAAGCUCUCUGUUGCCGUUUUCUGGUUAAAAGGGAGAGUGCAAAAAGAGAGGGGGGGAAAGACACACAAAAAUUAGUAAAAUGAUCUUGUU